ACGAUCUCAGUAUGAACCAUGACUGGUCAGUUGAUGUACCGAAUAAACAUCGUAGUUCACCGAUAAUAGCCGAAGUCGUAAGGUGGCGAACGGGACUAUUGACGGGAGCGAGACAGAAACUCGUGCGUGUACGAUGGUGAAGCGACGUCAUUGUCGUCGAAAGUACAUGCGAAAGAAAAUCGGAUGACUUUAAGACGCUGACGGUUCGUUCUGGUUAUAGUGAUUUUUUGUUAAUAAAUCGUCGUGUUUCUAGGUGUUGUGGUUAUAUUUGUACGUGCCGUAUGAUUUGUAGAUGAAAAAACUAGUAUGUAUACUCUUUCGGAGUAGCAAGUAGUGAAAUUAUUACGUGUGUGUGCCGGCGUCUAGAAUUUACGUUUUCGGUAUCGCGUAGUCGGUGUUUUCAUCGUAAUAACAAUCUGUUGGUUUGAAUAUAGGAAGCUUUAGAAUUGUUUGUGUUUUCAUACUCGUUACUGUGCACGCUGGGAACAGCCAUGCAAGAAGGGGAUAAAUCGGUAACGAGCGGGCGGCGGCCAUUUUCCAGAUGAGUUUUUCCCCUUUCUUUCAAUAAGUAAAGUGCGCUAUGUCAUGAAAGAGAAAGAAAGAGAAAGGUAACUAGAUAGGAGGAGAGAAAAACAGACUCCAAGAAAUAAGAGAAAAGAGGGUGCCCUAUUAUGUGUUGUGAGGUACGUUGAAUAAAUAGGGCACUUGAUCGUCCACUAAAAUUCACGAACGCGGUAGCUUGUGCCGUUUCGUGUUGAUGAACGUUUAACCUUGUAUUGGCCGGUGCGAAGAAGAUAGAAUUAUCUAGGGAAGUAACGAAGAACUGUGCGAGUAAGCGAGCGAACAAAUGAACCAGCAAGAGGGAGAGAGUAAGAGAGAGUGUAUAUAAAAGAGACAGAAAGAAAAAGAGUCAGACAGACAGACAGAUAGAGACACGGAUAAUACAGAGACCCCCUAUUGCCGUGCGUUUGGUCGUCCGUUCGUCAUCACGUAUCACAAUCGUUUCUGUCUUUGUCAUGAUGUCAAGCCUAGUUUAUAAGUGGUCUGGUCUUUGAUUUUUGCGGUCGGAAAACAGUGCCUCGCGAUUUUUCGGUGAUACAAAAUUGUUAUUGACUGUACACAGUAACCUCAAAGACGUAAAACAAAUUGGACAUUUUCUAGGUACCUUUGAGAAAACAUGAGGUGAAGCUUGUCGACCUGAUUGUGCGACGAGAAUACAGCUUUGUAUCCCGUUUUGAGUUUUAAGUUAGUGUUGUACCUAUGAUACGGCAUUUCACUGCACAACAGAUGUUUUUACAAGAACUCUUAUACCAUUCAACAAUUCUACCUAGAUAUCAUUCAUUUAUAAAAAAGCUUAAAUAUAAUUACAAGUAUGUAAUAACAUUAUUAUCUAUAUUAAUUUGAUAUUCUAUGAUUAAGACAGUGUUGUGAAAUUUAUAAUGAAACAAGUGUUUUCUCAUUGGUGUAAUACAUUUCGACAGAAGUAAAAGUUUACUUCGGUUACAAAGAAUUUAUGAAAAGUGCGUUGAGGGUGCAUACUUCUGGCAGACAUCUGUGAUGUGACACAAUUGAACAAGCUGGAUAUCAGUGUAAUAAUGUAGUGCCAACUUUGCAGAUGGAUAAACAGGGAUGACUGAUAAUUGCUGGAACUCUGGUGGUGGCGCUGGCGUCAAGAUGGAGCACUUUCAGGCCACCCUGGACCCAAGGAAGCAGGAGUUAUUGGAGGCCCGCUUUCUCGGAGCAAGGGUCAGAUGAAUGGGCAGAACAUUCCACACCUUGUAUUUUUUUGGAAACAAAUUUGUUCAACACUAACUUCGAGAAUAAUCAACCAGUACCAUACACAAAAUACACCGCGAGAAUCUCUCUUGCCAUCCCGGGUAUCAACUCUCUAUCAACGCAUAGAAUGUAAAUACUUACAUACUAAUGUCUGCUGGGUCACAAAUUCAGAUGGCACCCCAAUCAACUGUAAACUCUGGUCAGUCGGUUCAUAGUCAAGAUUCGAACAUGAGCACUGGCUCAUCGCAUAGUGAUAAGGAGGUAGAUCCAAAUACUCCAGAAAAGGUACCAAGGACUCCUUCGGAAAGAAAAAGAAAGCGUAAAGCUGAUGACGGAGGUGGAGGAGUUACAGGGGUACCCGUAGGGAGUAAAGGGUCUAGAUCCGUUGCUGCCCUUGAAAAUAAAAAAAUCAAUGAGUAUUUUCCAAAGCAUCAUAUGGGCAAUAGCCCUAUUCGGCAUGGUGGUGCUAAGAGUCCCUCCCCUCAACAGGGUUACCCUAUGUAUCCACCAUCGCCUCAACAACUCCUUUCACCGCAAGUAACAACACCCAAUUCUUCAGUGGCAGAAUUUUCUUCACUGAUGCAGCCGCCAAGACCUCAUCCUCAACCUCCACCUCCUCCUCCACCAGCCUCGUCACAACCUGCAGGCUCGAUGGUCAGCAAGCAGGUGCAGGUAAGGCCUACCAACCUCAAUAGGACAAGCCAGGUCAGGCAAGCGAAGACUAACACCCCAAAUACAGAACUUACUUGCCAGAGGAUACAGGAAUUCGAAACCCAAGCCUCUUCAGAUUUAGAAUUACGUAACAACAAAAUUGAUGAAUUGAAUAGAACAACAGACGAACUUAGGCAUCAAAUGGCUUCUCAACAAAAACUUAUUGAGCAGCAUAAAUCCCAUAUAAAUAAGUGUAUAGACGUUGUAAAGAAACUACUGAAAGAAAAAUCAAACAUAGAAAAAAAGGAGGCUAGGCAAAAGUGUAUGCAAAAUAGACUGAGAUUGGGUCAAUUUGUGACUCAGAGGGUGGGUGCAACAUUUCAAGAAAAUUGGACAGAUGGUUACGCGUUUCAAGAAUUAGCACGACGGCAGGAAGAAAUUGCGACUGAACGAGAAGAAAUUGAUAAGCAAAAAAAGUUGCUACUCAAAAAGAGGCCAUCGAAUAGUGAAACUGGUAGGAAACGUAGUCAGCCACAACCAUCCUUGCAUAAUGGUACAGAAGCUACAUUCUUAAAACCAGAUGCAGUACCUGGAUCGUACACAUGGCAGGAGUAUUAUGAAGCUGAUGAAAUACUCAAGUUAAGACAAAGCGCGUUGAAAAAAGAAGAUGCAGAUCUGCAACUAGAAAUGGAAAAACUCGAAAGAGAAAGAAACUUACACAUCAGAGAAUUGAAACGUAUUCAUAACGAGGACCAAUCGAGAUUCAACUCACAUCCUGUGUUGAAUGAACGUUACCUUCUAUUAAUGUUAUUAGGGAAAGGUGGCUUCAGUGAAGUGCAUAAGGCAUUUGACUUAAAAGAGCAACGGUACGUUGCUUGUAAAGUGCAUCAAUUGAAUAAAGACUGGAAAGAGGACAAGAAAGCUAAUUAUAUUAAACAUGCGUUACGAGAAUAUAAUAUUCAUAAAGCUCUUGAUCAUCCUCGCGUUGUGAAGUUAUAUGAUGUGUUUGAAAUUGAUGCCAAUUCCUUUUGUACUGUGUUGGAGUAUUGUGACGGCCAUGAUUUAGAUUUUUACCUCAAACAGCAUAAAACUAUACCUGAGAGGGAAGCAAGAUCUAUUGUUAUGCAAGUUGUGUCUGCAUUGAAAUACCUCAAUGAAAUAAAGCCACCGGUUAUACAUUAUGAUUUAAAACCAGGUAAUAUAUUAUUAACUGAAGGCAAUGUUUGUGGAGAGAUAAAAAUUACAGACUUUGGAUUAAGUAAAGUAAUGGACGAAGAGAAUUAUAAUCCAGAUCAUGGGAUGGAUUUAACGUCUCAAGGCGCUGGUACCUAUUGGUAUCUUCCACCAGAGUGUUUUGUCAUUGGCAAAAAUCCUCCUAAAAUAUCGUCAAAAGUUGAUGUAUGGAGUGUAGGUGUUAUAUUCUACCAAUGUCUAUAUGGUAAAAAGCCUUUUGGACAUAAUCAGUCACAAGCUACAAUUUUAGAGGAAAACACAAUUCUGAAAGCUACAGAAGUUCAAUUUGCAAAUAAACCAACUGUUAGCAACGAAGCAAAGAGUUUCAUAAGAAGUUGCCUAGCGUAUAGGAAAGAAGAACGUAUAGAUGUAUUGACAUUAGCUAAACACGAAUAUCUUCAACCUCCAGUGCCAAAACAUGGCCGUCAAGCGAAUAAUCAGCAGCAGCAACAGCAACAACAGAUUCAACAACAACAACAAACUUCAUUUAGCAUUGGCAUGUUUAGUGGAAUGAACGCGUCCAGCAGUUCGUAGUGGAAAGGAACUAAAGACAAAAUCUUUGAUAUGCUAAUACAUGCCAAAUCUUGAACACUGAAUUGCACACCAUCUCAUCUUAGGAAAAUAGCAACUGCUAUAAUGAACUGUAAAUACUAAAAACCCGGAUAGUAUCACCAUCACCAAUACCACGAUUACCACUACCACUCCACUACCAUUAUCACCACCACCUCCACCACUUCUACAACUAUACUUACAGGCCGACUAUAUAAAAUAUUGCGAGAGAUGCGAGACUGGUCGCCGCAAGUCCAGGAGCUUGCGUCUUUCUACAAGACAAGCUACGUUAUUCAGCAUGACAAAAAAAUGUUGUGUUCGUAAAUAUUCAAUUGUAUUAUCGUUCCUUGUAUCAAACAGUGAGCUGACUUGAUAAUAGUGUUUAAAAAGAAAUAAGAGAAACAGAAAAAACAUGUGAUAAGUCAUUGUGAAUUGAAGUGAAGUUCAAAUUAAGAAGAAAAGGAAACAAAGGAGUACGGCAACGGGAGUCAUUGGAAGUGAAUUACUCGGUGAACAAAGAGAGCAAUGGAAGAUUAAAUAUCCGAAGUAAAGCGCGUUAAAGCAGUUAGAGGGACUUUGCUUUCGCGGAGACGUUCCUCUCUUCUGAAGUUACGUAUGCAUGAAUGAAUGUGACGAAAGAUUGUUAAAACUAGCGUGCGUGUAUAUAUUUAUACUAUAUAUAUAUACUAAUAAAUUCGAUAUAAUAUAUAUAUAUGGUGUAAAGAAAAGGACAGCAUUGACAGUGAAAAAAUAACUGUGUUGGAUCCUCGCAUGACCUCCGUGCAGCCAAGUAUUCCAUGAAUAUUUGACUGCACAUCAUGUUACUUUAUUCAAAUAUUAACAUUAUUACUUAUAUCAUGACUAAUAACGAUUAACAUACACGAGGAGAUUUGGUUGGUUGUUCCUAUUCUGAAACGAGUGGGCUUUAUCUAUACUGGAUUGAUUGAUCUAAGGUUUGAAUGUAAAGAACGUAAAAGAAUCACGAUGCUCCCAAAUGAAAAAGAAACUUAUAGAAUCGUAGUCCACUGCUUAUUAUACGCCCUUGUGCACGAGUACAUUUUUAAUCCAGAAUUUCCUGAUAGAGUGGCUCCUUUUCUUUUUUUCCGAGAGUGGACUUCGGCGCAUUGAUUAUGAUCUUACAUUUUCGUGAUAUAUAUCAAUUUGUAUAAUCAGGCGUUAAAAAAUUUUAAGGUAAAAGUCAUAAUACUGUACCGACCUGAUUAUUAUUUCUUUAUUCAUAAUUUGUUUUAUAUAUGUACGUUAUAUAUAGAUAAUUAUGGAAUAGAAGACUAAGUUAUUUUAUCAAGUGCCCUUGCUUUGUAUUAUAGUCGCGUCUGUCGACAAACUGCAGCUUUUGGGAGUAAUAGAGAGUUGUUAAAAUGUUGUAAGUUGUUGGUACAAUGUGGGCACGGUAUUGAUGAAAAUUCAGUACCAACGUGAUUGGCAAAGUAUGAUCGGAGGAGAAUACAUUACAAGUCUGAACAGAGUCUACUACUAGAUACAUCGCUUCUAUUCUAAAAGCCAACCGUUCCUGCUUCCCUCUCCUAUUUCUCUUAUUUUUUAAAUUUAUCCGCGUCUCGAGAAAACGUAUACUUUUUAAUCCCUUUGUGAGGAAGUGCUUUUUGUAAACUAAAUUGAAAGAUAUAUGCUAGUCAGAGGCUGAGUUCAUUCAUUUCAUUUUAGUAUAAAGAUUUAUUUAUAAUUACUUUUUUGUACAACUUAAGCAUUCAUUACAACCAAGCAAAGAUUUUUUAGUUCGCACGAAGGGUUCCGGUUUAGAGUAACCAUUAAAAUUUAUUUAUAAUAUUUACGCCUAUUUUAUCGUAGUUAAAAGUGACAGAUGUGCAUACUACUUUUGGAUAAAAGAGUAAGUAUACUUUGGCCAGUAGAUUUUACGAAAACCACUUCUUUUAGACAAAAAGAAAAGUAUCGUUUUUAGAUGACGAGGGUUAAAACGUUAGAAAAUUAAAUAAUUCAAUAAAGGAAGAUAAAACGAUGAAAAAAUCAUUUAACAAGCAUUUACUCCAUAAAGUCUCAUCUGAGAUUAUUUGUAACGAUAAAGGGAAAAAAAUAAUGAAACUACACCGAUUAGUCUUUAUAUGUUUUUGCGAUACAAACAAUUUUGCAUUUGUAUAUAAUGAAAAUUCCUUGAAAACGUAUCGUUAAUAAAAUUAUCAAAUGCAUGUAUUAGGAAACAAAUUUUUAAUUCGAAGAUUUAAGAUUUUUUCACAGAGGAUUCAUUGCACAAAGAUCCUGAUAAUUAUCCGGUCGAAGGUAUUGUUUAAAGGGUAUGGGUUUUCUUAAUGGCCAAAAGUAUUACAUAAUAAUAUUUUCAGCUCUACAUGUACUUGUAAUUGUACAUGAUACAGUUCGGAAUAUUAUUAUGCAUGUCGACAGAGAAGUCAUUCUAAGAAUUAGGGAGUUACAUUUUGAACAAACAGUACACCUUUUUUUAUUGCCCCUGCGUAUCAGCAUAGUCACGAUCUUCCUCAUAAACAACAGGAAUUGCGUCGAGGAUGGUGUAUGAAACGUUAUAGCAAUAAAUUUACGUAUUUGUGUAUAAUUUAAAGUUAGUAAACUUAUUAAUUAAAUAUAAAUCACGCAUAACGUUGUAUAUUUUCCCUAUUAUAUCAUGUGUAUAUAUGUAUUUUUUUUCUUUUUUAAGAAAACAAUCUCAAAGUAAAUACGUAGAUAUAAAAACUAUAAUUUAUAAAUAUCAUCUUUCUCGAAUUAUAUUCGAAUAUUCUGACGGCCAAGAAAAUUACACCCCCAUGUGAACAUCGAAAAAUUGUUUUUACUUUGUUGCUUAAAAUUUGGGCUACAAGUUAUAGAAUAAACUUUAUUCAUGAAAACGCUUCUUCAGUCUUCAGAAAUAAUUUAUAUAAAUUCAAAAUGUAUUUUAUUUAUUAUGUACUGUGUAAAUGUGAAACAAACAAAUGUGUUUUCAGGAAACAUUUAUAAAGAAGUAUGUAACAUACAUAUACAUAUAUGUCAUAUAGUGAUUGUACUAUAUUUUAUAUACAUAUCUAUAUAUGUGUAUAUCUAUGCAAGGUGUUUCGUAAUAUGUUGGACACUUUUGGAGAAUUGAUCUUACAGACUAAACUUUUUUUUUGUACCGCGACAUAAGUACCACGAGAAGCAUCUAUAGUAAGGCAACAAUCUAACGGCAGGGUAAAUAUUCUCAUUUAUUAUACUACUGUAAUCUACUUUUCUACUAUUAUUUUGUUACCGACGUACAUACAAAGAUAUAUUCAGCCAACACAUAAAAACAUAUACCAACAUUUUACAUUUUCUGUAUAAGUGCUAGCUAGUUCUCAAAAAGUGUACCCUUUCCUUCAAUUUUGAAUUACUGUAGCACUAUUUGGUAAUCGUGACAUCAUGUUGUCUUUCUUAGCCUAUUUUGUUACGUUUUAUUAUUGACUAUCAUGAAUGACGAAGCAAAACAUAAAGAUAAAGAGGCUGAAAUGAAAAUCACAUAGUAGGAAAGGUAAGUUUUUCAAAUGCAUAAUUUUUUAUGUGCGAGCAGAGUGCAUUUUUAUGUACUGUUCAUUAGGUAACAAAAUAAUAGUAAAGCGAUAAGUCAAAUUAGGGUAGCAGUUUUGGAAUGUACAAUGCUUUUGGGUUGUUGUCCUUCUACGGAUAUUUCUAAUACUUUAUUCACAAUAUAAACAAUACUUUAUGUCUAUAAAAUUAAGUCAAUGUACAAUGUAUUCUGCAACUGGGAAGGUUGUUCAAUUAGGAAGAAUAUGAUUCUACGAAACUAAAUAACUUGAAAAUAUACAAUAACAUUUUUUCAUUUGAGACCUAAUUUUUCGAAAAGAUCAUGCCUAAGUAAGUACAUAAGUAGGUAUUUACUUAUCGCACUCUUGAACUUGACUAACUUCUAACUGAACACAGCGGGUUGUAUGUAAAAAUAAGUAAGAAACCUUAGUAAAACUAAAAAAAUUUUUUUUUAUUUAAAACCUUAUUACCGCAAAAAUUAUAUUGUAUUUUUCUGUAACAAUUGCAAAAUGCAAUUUUGUUCGACAAAUUUUCGAAACCAAUGUUUUCAAUAACAAGUUUCAAAUGAAAAAUUUUAAUUUACAUUUUCGACUUAUUUUUUCAUAUAGAAUCACACCUUUCCUAGUUACUUCACUAGUUACAAGAUUUUUUCAGUAUGUAUAACAAUUUCUUUUUACUAUUUUAAUGCUUACAACUAACUCCCCAAACAUGUCUUAUGUUUUAUGAAACACUCUACAUGUAUACUAACGAGACGAAUCUGUAUAUACAAGGCAUCUCAAAAAUAUGAGAUCUUUCGAAACACGCGUAUUUCUCACACGUAAGGAAAUCAAAAGAUCCUGUACUAUUUUACAACAUGAGAUUUCGUUUUCGAGAUAUCGAUAGUUGAAAAUUAAAGAUAUAGCUUUCGGGUUAAACAGUAUACAUUUAUUUAUGCACGUCUUUAAUUUAUUAACCGUUACAGAAAAUAUUCCAAUGCGUCUUUGUUAUUUUGAAUAUAACAUAUUAAAUAUAAUCCCAUUAAUCAGAUGAUUACUAUCAGAUGAUACUACACUUCAACUGUAUUAAAUAAUUGAAAUUUUUACUCAGUUCAAUAGAAUCACGAUUCUCACUUUCACACGUACAAAAAAAAAUAUAAGUAUUUUAAAAUAAUGUAAGACACAUACAUUAUCAUUUUUAAAAGGAGACAUUUUACAGUAAAUAUUUGUGCACUACUGUAUAUAGCUCAUUCGUUG